CAAAGAAAACCAGAAGAACAGAUCUCGACUGAAGUGCAUUUCGUCUUUGUUGUCUAUUUUCAGAGUGAAGUGGAUGAAUUUCUCUCAAGACAUUUUCAAACAACUGAGGAAGUAACUGGUAUGUAGUGCUCUGACUUCACAAUCUUGGGUUUGAACAGUGAAGAGCGAGAACAAGUCAAAAGUCAACAACAUGUUAUGUUCUCUUUAAAUGAGUUUGUCUUGUCUCUGUCUCUAUGGAAACUUUAGAAUACCUGAGCUUGGUGCUGCAGCAAGAUCACUCUGGGAACUUCCGUUCCAUUACCACAGCCUCUGAGGUCACAGGUCUACUUCAACGGACUGAGAAAGAUGGACCUGACUCUCCUCUCUGCUGUCUUCACCGUCCUGCUGGGGUUUUCAGCACAAAGCCACUCACUGGUGCAAUCUCAUGAUGAAGGUGUAGAUCCUGAUCCAUCUCAACGUUUGGACAUAACUUCAAGAAUCCUGGGAGCAAAUAGACGUGUGAGUCAAAUUCUGGUGGAAGGCGAUGUCGCAAUUUCUAAGACAAGGAAUGCCAUGAAAUGCUGGGGCGGAUACUGCACGUGGAAGAAAUCCUACAACGGACUUGUUGAAGUGCCAUAUACCAUCAGUGAUUAUUACUACGACAGCGAAAAAGCCUCAAUUCUGAAAGCCAUGGAAACUUUCCACCAGAAGACCUGUGUUCGCUUUGUUCCCCAUCGAGGCCAGACUGACUACCUGAGCAUCGAGAGUGAACUCGGGUGCUGGUCCUCUGUUGGCAGAGACGGGGGACAUCAGGUGGUGUCUCUGUCCGUUUACGGUUGUCUCGAACACGGGACCAUUCAGCACGAGCUCCUCCACGCGCUGGGCUUCCACCACGAGCACACGAGGAGCGACAGGGACCAGUACGUCAGGAUUAACUGGGGGAAUGUCCAAGCAAUGAAUAAAUAUGACUUUCACAAAAAGGACACCAACAACUUGAACACGCCGUACGACUACACCUCAGUGAUGCACUACGGAAGGACUGUUUUCUCAUCGGGAUUUGGAGAUACCAUUACCCCCAUCCCAGAUUCCUCUGUGGCGGUUGGACAAAGCAAAGAAAUGUCUGACAUAGAUAUUCUCAGGAUCAAUCGUUUAUAUAGAUGCAGGAAUUAAAUGAAAGUAUUCUUUUAGGGUGUAGUAUAAAUCCACCAUUUUCUGUCUGAAAUGUAUGAAAACUUGAUUAGAAACCAUGAAGGUCUUACAUAUAUGAUACAUUAGCACAUUUUUUGUCUAAUACAUGUUAAAAUAAAUGAACCUUUAAAAUUUAAA